AUGGUGCUCGACAGACUAGCUGAGAAAGGGCUUACCCUUAACAGAGAAAAAUGCGAAUUUGGUCUGUCAAAAAUUGUAUUCCUCGGACAUGUGAUUUCAUCAGAGGGGGUAAAACCUGACCAGGAAAAGAUCAAAGCAGUAUCGGAGACCAGGACGCCGAGCAACAGUUCCGAAAUAAGGGGCUUUCUGGGGCUAGCAAACUACUGCGGCCGUUUUAUACCAAAUUUCUCAACGAUAGCUGCCACGUUACGAGAGCUUACAAUGAAGAACACGCACUGGAGUUGGACGAAGACACCAGGAUGCAAUGCUGCUGAUGCUCUAUCCAGAUUGAGUCAGAAUCAGGCUUGCCGAAUACGCCACAUUGCAGACGUGUAUGCACACUUCAUUACAGAUAAUGCUGUACCGAAAGCACUCACUAUUCAAGAAGUUCGUCAGAAAACAUCGGAGGACCGAGAGCUCGUCGAGAUUAUGAGGAGGAUCAAAACAGGGCAUGGCCGUCUGGAUCCUAAAAUUCGUACUGUGGAAGCGGAACUUUCAGUCGUCGACGGAAUAGUAUUACGUGGAUCGCGCAUCAUACUGCCUAAAUGCCUUAGGAGACAAACAAUACAGUUGGCCCACGAAGGACACCAGGGCAUUGUCCGCACGAAACAAAGAUUAAGAGAAAAGGUAUGGUGGCCAGGCAUAGAUACAGAAGCCGCGCGAUUUGUUAGGACAUGUCAACAAUGCCAACUUUCGUCGAACAACACUAGGCCCGAACCAGUUCGAACAACGGUAUUACCCGACGGGCCACGGCAGGAUCUGGCUAUAGAUCUUAUGGGACCGUUUCCUUCUGAGGAAUAUCUACUAGUCGUUGUAGACUAUUUCUCCCGAUUUCAGAAAAUAGCCAUAAUGAAAAAGAUAACCAGUGAGAAAGAUCAUUCUUCAACUUGA